AGUCUCCACUGGCGCGCGAGCCCUACCCAUCAUCUUCCCCACGAUCGAGCGGCCAACCAGCGCGGCGACGACUUGAAGACGAGCGAAGCCCAUUCCGUAGUACUACAAAUAGCCCCCACGGAGACCUGAGCAAGCAGCGUCGGCAGCAGAGAAGAGAUUCCCCAUCCCGAUCCGAUCGAACAGAAUCCCCCGGCCGAUCGAGAUCCAGCGCGCGAUGGCGUCCGGCUGCACCUUCCUCGAGAUCCUCAUCGCCAUCCUGCUCCCGCCGCUCGGCGUCUUCCUCCACUACGGCCUGUGCAGCAAGGAGUUCCUCAUCAGCGUGCUGCUCACCAUCCUCGGCUACAUCCCCGGCAUCAUCUACGCCGUCUACGUGCUCGUCUCACGCAGCGACGAGCAGCCCCAGGGCGACUACUAUGCGGUUGCUUGAUUAGCCCGCUGUAAUGGUUCUGUAACGCCGGCUUGUGCUUUGCGCGUCCUGUAUUUCCUUCCUUUAUCUGUAUUGGUUUUCCGGCAUGGCUUUGCGCUUUACAAACUAGCCAUCUGCGUGGUUCUGCAUCGAUCUUGCUGGUCUCGUGUGGUUCGGUUGGGCAUUUCUGCGCGCGGCCUGUUUGAAUGUUUGAACUGUGGCCGGGUUUGUUCCUCUGUUCUGUAAUUCUGAUACACCUGAAUAAAUUUGAGCUGUUGAGUGUGUUUGGGUUA